AUGGAGUCCGAAAAAAUCAGCGGCGUGGCCAUGGCGGAGGAAACAUCGUGGGAGCGGGCCGUUGUGGCUAUUGAAGGCCCCAAGACAAUCGUCACUACACAGCUGCGGCUCCUCCCGUCAAAUCCCCAAAUCUUAAUUCUUCCCGCGCUGGAGACAUACAUUCCGAUGCCGGCGUCGUAUCUCGAUGUCUUCGACCCCGUGCAAUACCUCCGGCAGGUCAAUGCCGCCAUGAAACGACGGCACCGCGACGCGCAAACGUUUCUGCAGGGCAGCGGCGGCAGCGGCAAAGAGGGCGGCGGCCGUCGUUUGGUGUUUCUAGAGGGAGGUGCUGCCAGCGCCCAUGCGCUCUGUCUCAGAGCUUUGAUGCAGCACGAAACGGCGGGUGACCGCGAGGCCGCGGAAGCGAUGCUCAGCCGCCUUGUUGGGAGUGGCGGCGGCGACAUGGCAAACCUCGCGCAGGCUGAAAGGGAACGCGCUCAUUCUGCACCUGUUAUCUACUCUGCAAGCUACCCAGCCGACGACGACGAGGAGGAGUCGUCCGAUCCAAGCACGAGAGCGAUGCGAGCGGCCGACGCGCUGGAUCGCCAAACGGCCAGCCUGCAAAUCUCCAACGAGCUUGAUCUCACCAUCCACAGCCUCUCGCGCUCGUCGAACAUGCCCGUCUUUGGUCACGCCGACACGACGUCUGGCGACACGGCGCCGUUUCCCGUCUUUGGGCAGUCGUCGGCGCUCGACGACGACGACGGCGGCACGCCCGUGACGGAGCAGCGGCGGGCCAAGUUGCCGACGGUGUGCGAGACGAAGCGAUUUUCCGUCGUGCAUUACAAUGAAAACGAAGACAUGCCGUCUGUUUUUGGUUUUGACGAUUUUCCCACAGCCAAAUCUUUUGUGUCGACCGUGGUGGAUGGCGACAGUACACCCAAAAGAUUGAGCACCGGACAGCAGCAGCUGCAUCAUCAUCAACAACAACAACAACAGCAACACCCGCAACGCCGCUCGACCAGUGAGCCCAUAUCCCCCAUGUCCGACGCGUUUAGCAUGCGCUCCAUCGGCAACGUGGAGUACGGGCAUGCCUCCUUACUGGACAUGCGGACGUCUGUGCGCGGCGAUGCGGUCAUGGGCGUCAAAGCGGUGCGCCGAGGCACCGCCACGCAUAAGCCCAAGCUCAACGAGCACAUCAUUGCUGAAACAGGGCUACCUGUAUAUAAUAUUAAUAUCAUGCCGGCCCGCCCCCGUGGUCAAACGGUGCCGGCCACCCAGCCAUCACUGUCGACUGGCAGCACCAGCACCAGCACCAUGUCUGCGCACCCCAUUAUGCGUGUGCCGUCGUUGUCGUCUUCGAAGACUACGACGACGACGGACAGUCCAAGAACAGUUUCCGUCAAGCGGACACGGCCCGUCAUCAAGCUGCAGCCUGUGCCCAACGGCAAGAAGCGUCGCUGGCAACAAGGCAAAUCAACCUAUAUUGACGAUGAUGUCGAUCUGGCCGGGGCCCCGCCGCCGUCCGAGUCAGCAUCCGAUUUUGAGCCCGUCUUCCCCCGCAUGGAGGAUCUUGUUCUGUAUCUACGGUCGGAGCUGACGCCGCAGCCUUUACUUGAGUCGGCCCUCAAUGCCAUGCGCGAAGAAUACAUGCGCAAGUCAGCCUGCCUGUCGGAGUCGCCCAGCUCAAAGGCCAGCACGGCAAGCACCGAGUCGUUCAAGUCACAGACCGACGACGGCACCGCAGAUCUCACCUCGCCGGAGACGUCGGGCACAGAAGAGCUCGACGCCGACGACAAACAAGAAACGCCGACGACGGCUGUCAACAUGACAGCCCAGGCACUGCCCAGCAUGGACGACUACGACCCUUUUGCCUACAUCAAUCCCGCCUACGGUUCGGCGCAGCCCAGCACUGUGUCAAAGAAGCCGAGCGUCACCAUCCUGCGUCCUCCCACGCCGGCACAGACGCCGCCGCCUCAGGAGGUUUUCGAGGCCGACUCGACAGAAAUCGUCCCACCAGAGCAGCCGGUACAGAACCAAGAGGAAAUCGUCUCGGAAAAGGAGGUAGUCGAGGAGAUUGACAGAAGCAUUAUUCACGAACUCGAUGUCGAGCCCAUGCAGGCCCCAAUCGCCGUGCAAAACGCCAUCCGAUCCGUUCUUCACCAGCAAUACCCGUUCCCAUCCAAUAUGUACGCGCCGCAAUUUCAGUUUCCGCUGCAGCUGCUUCCGAACGCAAACGACCCGUGGCGGUCCAUCUUCCCGGGCUGCGGGGUGAGCAACAGUCUGUCCGCCCCCAUCGGCCAUCAUGGCCACCAGCUCAAGCAGAUUCUGGCCGUGGGCCUGCAAAACGGCAUCAACCGCGAGUACGCGGCACGUGUUAUUAGCCAGAUUGAAAAGUUUGGCACGGAGCCGACUGGUUCCGCUCGCUGCGCGCGGCUCGACUUUCGAUAUCUGCUCGCCAACACAAUGCAAGCAUUCACCUCGCGGUCGUUUGGCUCUCAGACAAUGGCCGAGAACCCGUUUGGCAACCCGGAGCUGCUGGCGACGCUCAUUCUGCCGCACCUCGAGACGUACCUGGCUGUGCACGCCGACGUUCGCUUCCUAAUUCUCGAGUACCCGGCUGAGCAUCUGGCCACCGUCAUUGCCAUGCAGAAGCUCGCCGGCGUGGACCUUGUCAAGAUUGCGCAGAUUGUUGACGCCCGCAGCAAGGACCGGCUGCCUUUCCGCCACGUCCGCGAGGGCUCCGUCGACAGCACCAGCAGCGUGUCCGCUUCGGCCUCGUCCGUCUACUCGCGGCGCUCCUCGUCACUCACCACCACCAGCCGUUCCAUAACAUCCGACGUCAGCAGGACCAAGGCCAAUUUCCUCCUGACGUCGUCGGCGUCGGGCAGGGAUGUAGCCGACUUUGUCGCCGCCGUCUGGGACCUGCCCGUCGCGGAGGACCGUCCGCUGCCGCCGACGCCGCCGGAGAAGACGGGAAUGAUGAUUACUGCCGAUGCUGCACACAACACCGAUGACGAGCAUUCGCCGCCGCCGUCGCUACUGCAGGCGCAGCCGUCACCAGACCCCAUGGUCACGCCGUCCACGCCAAAGGCUACAUCACCCAAGACGCGCAAGAUCAAGCCCUCACCGUUACGCGUGAACGCUCUGUCCGCGUUUCCCAAACUGACGGGUCCUCAGAGCCCGCUUUCUGCCGCCGCCCACAUGAAGUCCGUGCUCGCGCCGCCGCCGCCGCCCUCCUCUUCCUUCUCCAUGACGCCUCCCACCUCCAGCAAGCCUUCCCUUGCCGUCGAGGACUACUACACGACGACCGCGCCGUCGCGGUCGCCCAGCCCCCCCGACUCCAACUCCAACUCCGACUGCGCGACCUACAGCAGACAUUCAAAGCACACCGCGCCGCGCACCAGCGCCGUGGGCGGCGGGCCCGUCGUCGUCAGCAGCAACAACAGCAGCAGCAGCGGUGGCAGCACUCUGCUCAUCCGCCGGCGCCUAAGCAGCAGCACCAUGCGCACGACCAACAGCGGCGUCUCGAGCAUGUCGCGGGCCUCGACGCCUCACAUUGCUUACAUGCGCAAGAUGCCCGCGCCGGGUACGCAAAGCCGCCCCUACACCAGCCACGGCAGCAGCACUACCAGCAGCCUUUCGACACUGCAGUACCAGCAGCAGCAUGCAUCAUCGGUGUCACUGAUGCCGCCCGCUCCGCGGUUCCUCGAUACGCCGUACGGCGGCUCUACGCUCAACAACAGCCCCGUCAUGUUGCCGGACAACCGCAGCGAAUACGCCGCGUCCAUCAUGACGUUUAAUCCUGAUGAUGACAGCGACUACGACCAGGAGGAGCGGCGGCUCAUGCCGUUUUUCGGCAAGAAACGCUCGCGCAAGAAGCCAGGCACGCAAAAGGCACUCAAGGUCCUAGGCAUGAUGGCUUGA